UAAAACGAUAAUAGUACAUUCCUAUCGUUCCCCCUCUCUCUCUCUCUCUCUCUCUACCAAUUAGUUUUGUAGAAUUAUUACCUGACAGAAAAGAGGUUUGAAGGAAGCAGCAAUGGCGGAUCAGCUAACCGACGAUCAGAUCUCUGAAUUCAAGGAAGCCUUCUCUCUGUUCGACAAGGAUGGCGACGGCUGCAUCACUACCAAGGAGCUGGGAACUGUGAUGCGUUCUUUAGGACAAAACCCGACAGAGGCCGAACUUCAGGACAUGAUAAACGAGGUUGAUGCUGACGGAAAUGGGACAAUUGAUUUUCCAGAGUUCCUCAAUUUGAUGGCUCGCAAAAUGAAGGACACUGAUUCAGAGGAAGAGCUCAAGGAAGCUUUCCGUGUUUUCGACAAGGACCAAAAUGGAUUCAUUUCUGCAGCUGAACUUCGCCACGUCAUGACAAAUCUCGGUGAGAAGCUGACCGACGAGGAGGUUGAUGAAAUGAUCCGAGAGGCUGACGUGGAUGGUGAUGGGCAGAUUAACUACGAGGAGUUUGUCAAGGUUAUGAUGGCUAAGUGAAUUCAUCUAACAAACCUAAAUAUUGGAGUACCGAGGUAAAUGGAAAAAAAAGGAAUCAGGGGAGAGAAGUUUGUGUUUUUCUGUAAGGAUGUAUUCUUGUGGAAUUAUAUUAGUUUAUUUCCCGGUUUGUGUUGGUUUUGAGUCUAUAUUCUUCGGUUAGUGCCGCGUUUCUUGUUUAGUUUGGGUUGUUAGAAUUAUCGAUUGCUGUCCUUUUGGCAUUUGUUUCUAUGAACUUUGAAAAAUUGGGAAACUUUGAUCCUAUUAGCCUGUUUUACCCUGUUUAUGUAAUGCCUUGUGCUUG